AUGGCACGCCUGAGUGCUCAAGGCUCCGCCGAGGGACAGGUUCAGUCCCCUGCAAGGUCUCUCGAGACCGCUUCCGACAACCACGAUGCUGAGGAGUUGACCCCCCCAUUCUUCAACACCACAUUCUCGAUCCAUCGCAUUUCUCCUCUUCAUGUUGGGCCUGAAGGUCUCACAGCAUCGAGACUUGAGUCCAUUGCCAGCCGUUUACGCGACACCCUUGUCGGCGAUGUGGUUCGAGGUAUCCAAGUCGGACUGGAGGCAACGGACACUCCCAUGGGCCAGGUUGGGCCUUUGAAGGUUGUCAAGGUCGAGUGGUUUCGAGCAAGCACGUUCCUGGGUGAAGAAUCAUCGGAAACCCAUCUUGAGAUUCCCCGUGGCGACCAGAGCGAGCUUCCAGAGGAGCAGAAGCAGGGUCUCUGGAUCAACAUCAGGCACGAGAAUGCUGCGUAUGCCGCUAUUCUCCUCCCCGGUCUCUCCGAUUUGCCGCCAUCCCAGAUGGAUGGACAACAAGACAACUUUGUUCACCUACCCCUGCUGCUCAUGCGAAUGCCUCUGCAGCUAAAGACGGUCGUCGCUGACUGGCUCUCGGCCACUUUUGAUUGUCGGGUGAGCCGCGUGACAUUGGGAACCAAGACAAUCCUGGGUGUUUGGGAAAGUUGGGUUGACAGUACUGGACUCAAUGAUAGGGGGGCCGAUUUCACCGUGACUCUAGCGUUCAACACACCCGUGCCGGCUGGCAAUGAUUCGACGUCUAUGGAUCUUGACCGGACCGUGGAUGAAGCCGUGCCCACCCCGGGGCUUCGAUCAAUCGAUAUUACUAUCUCAGCUCAAGAUCUGCGACGAUUCUUGCGAGCUGGACAAAAAAUCAGACCCUUAGACAAGAGCCUUUGGAAAGGAGACUCGCGCGAGCGCCGCAGGCUUGCUGGUGGAAACACGGACGAUGGCUGGGCUUGGAGGACAACCCAAGACGCCAAAACGAAUCCCUUUACCGAGGCUUUGGGGAACUACCUCCAUCAUCACCUUGCUCUGGAUCUCUUUCACCCCAGCGUGCAGGUUACCCAGAUCUCGUGCACCGGAUUCGUGCUUGGUCAAGGCCGCCUGAAAAUCCUGAUGCUUGGCGACAUGAACCAGAGCCUCUCUCGUGCCGCCUGGGCGUUUGUGGCACAGCUAGGAGAAAGAGUCAAAGGCGAGCACCUCCCGCAGGUAUUUUCGACCAAAUUUGGUGGUUGA